AUGGAAUGUUUGACGCUAACGGGAACACCAUCACCCAGACAGUCAUGUUCUGCAAGCACGUGUGGUCCGAGAGUUGAAGUACUCCGUAUGGGUCAGGCUGCUAAAGUUUUUCCUCCUGUCCAUCGUGACCACUGCUCAGGUUACUUCGAUCCAGACGAAAACGCUGUGCGGUCUCGGUCUGCUUCUUUCCUGUUUGGUGGCCUUUCCGAAGAUGACCAUGAGAAAUCCAAUCAUCAGGAGUUCGACAAAAUCAGUGUUGGUAUUGAACACGUUGCAACAGUACGUCAAACCAUUGUGUGA